AUUCUGUAAAAUCUAUUUUAUUAGAUUCUCUUAAAUCAGCUAUCGGAGAUUCAUUUUCACUAACUGACGAUGACGAAGCCUCAUUCUUUUCUAUUGGUUUAGAUUCCUUAUCUGCAACUAAAUUACGGGCUAUUCUUCAAAAACAAUUUCCGAUUAUCAACCUUCCUCAUGAUAUUAUUUUCGAAUAUAAUACAUUCCAAAGUCUUACUCAUUAUUUGAUAAAAGAAUUGUCAAAAAUCAGCUCUUCACAAAGUCAAAAUGCUGAAGACAGUUACGAAGCAAAAUUACAGGCUCUUAAAAAUGAAGUGAACUCAUAUAUUCAAAAGUAUAGUGCAACUGAUAAAUUCCCUCCUGUGGAUAACUUUGAUAACUUUGAUAAAAUUAAUGGAAUCGUAAAUGAAAAAAAUGGUGAAACGGUUCUUAUAACAGGUGUUACUGGAUCUCUUGGAUCUUUUAUUCUCCGUGAUUUAUUAAACAAUCUAAGUGUACUUAAAGUUUACUGUUUGGUGAGAGCUUCAGAUGAAAAUCAUGGAUGGUCUCGAUUAAAAGAUUCAUUUGAACAACGUCAUUUAGAUUCUUCUUUAUUAUCUAAAGAACGUAUUAUCAUUUUACCAAGUGAUUUGGGUGAUUCGAAGUUUGGACAACCCGAAAAGAUUUAUUUAAAACUUGUACAAGAAGUAACACAAAUUUACCACGUCGCUUGGAGAUUGGAUUUUAAUAAUAAAAUUCAAGUUUUUGAACGUGAUAGUAUUGCUGGAACCGUUCAUCUUCUUAUGCUCGCCCGUGAAGCAUAUACUCAUCAUCAAAAUGUUCAUUUUAAUUUUACAUCAAGUAUCAGUACAACUGUUAGAUCAAAAACAAAUGUUAAAGAAGAUGAAUUACCUCACAAUAUUUCAAAUGCAAUGCCUAACGGAUAUGCCUUAUCUAAAUUCAUUACUGAAAAUGUAUGUGCUGAAUGGUCACGAAAAAUUGGGUUUAAACUUGAUAUUCAUCGUGUUGGACAAGUUUGUGGUGAUUCUGUUACGGGUGUUUGGAAUACUCGAGAACAUAUUCCACUUAUGAUAAAAGGUGCACAAAUUAUGAAAAUUAUGCCGAAUUCAUAUUCCUCAAAUGUUGACUGGAUUCCUCUUGAUAUCGCAUCACAAAGUAUCGUUGAUAUUUCCUUAAGUGCACCUUUUACUAAAGAUGGUGAUUAUAUUCGAGUUAAUCAUAUAGUUAAUCCGAAGCAAGUCACAUGGAACGAAUUCUUAAAAUCUUUACAACAAAGUGGAAUAGAUUUUAAGAUUGUUUCGAAUAAAGAAUGGUUGAAUACAUUAUUAAAUACUCCCGAAUAUCAGAAUGUGGAUAAAAAUCCGGUAGCCGCAUUAUCAGGAUUCUUUGAAAAGGUUAUGAGCAAAUCAUUGGAUAAGAGUGAAAGACACGGACCCUUAUUUGAAACACAUAAAUCAUCAAAUCGUAGUUUAGCACUUUCUAAUUGCCAAAAAAUUGAUGCUAGAUUAAUCAAGUUAUAUAUUAAUAAUUGGAAAAGGAUUUCAUUCUUAAAUUUUUAA